AUGGCAAAAGGUGGGGAAGCAUGUAAGUGGCCAUCAGAAGUCGGUGGCUAUUCCCGCCUUGUAGAGACUGAUGAAAUUAGGAUUAAGUUCGCUAUUAAAAUUGAAACUGAGAGCGAAGUGGCGGCAGGGGAGGUCGACGAGCCCGAAUGGAUGAAGGGAGGAAGCAACGAAGCUUCUUCCUGCUCCGAUGGUGAUGUGCGAAGGGAGGGAAGUUCAUUUCUGAGACGACGCGAGCGAAGCGAUGCAGGUUGGAAGAAAGAGCGAAACGGAUGUGAUUUCAGGGUGAUGCAGCAAAGGCGAGACCUUCGGAGGUCUAUGUUCGAUCAUAAACGGCAGAGAAAGAAGCGAGGGUCUCCGGUCUUUGGCCGGCCGCAGAGCGUGUUAACAGUCUCCAAUCAAGCGGCGAAUCGAUGGUGGAUACCCACUGCGAACAGGGAGGAGCAAUGGGUCGGUGGUUUACUGGUCGUCGAUCAUCAACAGGUAAGAUGGAGAUGA